AUCUUUAUCUUUACUUUUUUUGUUGAAAAUUUCUACUGCACUUGUAUCAAAACAGCCAAGAAUAAAACUAUUUUCAUUUGUACAAUAAUGUCUGCCGAACAAGUAGCACGCGCGGCCCGCGAGGCAUCCAACAUGCUCCAGACAAUCACCAGCGCGCAAAAGUCAGCUGUACUCCAGCGCAUCAAGCAGGUGCUGAUUGAGAGACGCAGCGAGAUAGUCGAGGCCAACAGGCAGGACAAAGAUGCAGCAAAGAAGGAGGUUGAGGCUGGCAAGCUCUCAUCAUCGCUGUUUAGCCGCCUGGAUAUCGAAGGCAGCGGCGGAGAGAAAUACUCGACGCUGCUGCAGGGCGUUGACGACGUCGACCGCAUUGCAGAUCCCAUUGGCCAAGUGACGCUGGCGCGCAAGCUGGACACAGAUCUGGACCUAUACCGAGUGGUGUGCCCUGUGGGUGUAUGCCUGGUGAUCUUUGAGGCGCGCCCCGAGGUUGUCGUGAACAUUGCCUGUUUGGCAAUCAAGUCGGGCAACGCAGCGAUCCUCAAGGGCGGCAAGGAAGCCACACGUACGAACCAGGCGCUGGCAGAGGCCAUCCAGUACGCCAUUGCCACGACGGAGGCGCAGGAGGGGCAGACAAAGUUCCCCGAGCGCGCGGUGCAGGUCGUCUCGACCAGGGACGAGAUUAGCGGGCUGCUCGACAUGGACCGCUAUGUGGACCUGAACAACACGCGCAUCCCGGUGCUGGGCCAUGCUGAUGGCAUCUGCUCGACGUAUCUGGACGAGUCCGCCGACGUGAAGAAGGCCGUGCACAUUGUUGUUGAUGCCAAGACCACAUACCCGGCGGCAUGCAAUGCAACCGAGACGCUGCUUGUCCACAGCAGCCUGGUCAGCACAGUGUUCGUUGAGGUGGCUCAGGCGCUGCUGAAGGCUGGCGUCCGCCUGCACGCUGACGACCGCUCUCUGGCUGCCAUCCAGGCUGCUGGCAUUGCGCAGGAGCCCAGCCUGGCUGCGCUGGUAACCAAGGCCACAGACAAGGACUUUGGGCACGAGUUCUCGGACAUGGAGGUGGCUGUGCGCGUCGUGGACUCGCUUGACCAGGCCAUUGACCAUAUCAACUCGCUCGGAUCCAAGCACACCGACGCCAUCAUCACCGAGGACCGCAAGAACGCCGAGUGGUUCAUGCGGCGGGUCGACGCGGCCGGCGUAUACUGGAACGCAUCGACCCGCUUUGCCGACGGCUUCCGCUACGGCUUUGGCACGGAGAUCGGUGUCAGCACCAACAAGACGCACGCGCGCGGGCCGGCGGGGCUCGAGGGCCUGACGAUAUACAAGUACUACUUGUUUGGCAACGGCCAGGGCUCGUCUGACUACGGCCGCGGGUUCCUCCACAAGGACAUUCCCUUGGACGAGGUGCGCAACAAGUUUGUGCUCUAGGCUUUCGAAUAGGCUUUCAUUGUAUCACAGUUAAUAUGAAUUGCAG